AUGAGUCAACAACAAAAACAACAAAACGAAGAAGGAGCCACCGCUAAUACCCAAGAAAAGAAAUUCAAUCCUGCAAGAAACCCAAGCCAAUCUGGUCCCUAUCGUCAUCAUGGACCCCAAGGAAGAACACCAUAUAUGCAACUCCACAAAAAUCACAAUAAUAACAUGGUAAAUAAAAUAAGUAAUUAUUUAGGAAUUGAAAAUAAGGAGUUGGUUGAAUUUGGUUUAAAUUUAUUCACAUAUGUUAUAGCUAUAUUUAUUGCCUUACAAAUAUAUGAUUACGUAACACAUAGAAAAUGUGGAUACUACAAGGACAUGUUGGCAAAAAUUGUUAGAUUCCAAG